AUGGGCUUCCUGAGGAUCUUCCAAUGCUCUUCAGUCCUAUGGGCCUGGAGACCGGCCCCCCUGAAGCCCCUCCAGAUCUGGGCCCGGCACCUGCCACAAAGGAAGCGUUCCGGAGGGAGCCCCUACAAAGCUGUGAUUUUUGACAUGGGUGGGGUUCUCAUUCCUUCUCCAUCCGCAGUGGCUGCAGAAUGGGAGGUGCAGAAUCGCAUCCCUUCUGGAACAGUCAUCAAGGCCCUAGUGGCUGGUGGGGAACAGGGAGCCUGGAUGAAAUUCAUGAGAGGAGAGAUGACACUGGCUGAAUUUUUGCAGAAGUUUGAGGCACAAUGCUCCGACAUGAUGAAGUUACCACUGCCAGUUGACUCAUUUUUUUCUCUGCUGACCAGUGGACAAGUUGCGAAGCCAUUUACAGUGAUGACAGAAGCAAUAAAUCGAAUCCGGGCAGAAGGCCUGAAGACUGCAGUUCUUAGUAAUAAUUUUUAUCUCCCCAAUGGGGAGAGUUUUUUGCCUCUGGACCGGAAACAGUUUGAUGUGAUUGUUGAAUCCUGUCUAGAAGGGAUCUGUAAGCCAGACCCUCGUAUUUAUAAGAUGUGUCUGCAGCGACUGCAGGUGGAGCCCUCAGAAUCCAUCUUUCUUGAUGACCUUGGACAUAAUUUAAAGGCAGCUACUCAGCUUGGCAUCCAUACUAUAAAGGUGAAUGAUGCAGAAAGUGCCUUAGAAGAGUUAGAAACCUUUUUGGGGUUUCCAUUGCGGGAGAUCAUUCCAAAGACCUGUCCAGUGAGAAAGACAAAGGAAAUUCCAAGCGAUUCCCUAGAGAAAUACCUUAAAAGCCUUCUAGGAAGUCAAGCAAAAGGUCCCUUAGAACUCCGGCCGUUUAGCCGUGGGCAGUCCAGCUCGACUUACUCCAUCAGGUUGGCCAGUCAUCACUUGGUCCUGAGAAAGAAGCCUCCGGGAAAACUCCUUCCCUCUGCCCGAGCUGUGGAGAGGGAAUUCAGGAUAAUAAAAGCCCUCGGUGAUGCUGGAGUUCCCGUCCCCAAAGUUCUUGACCUCUGCAGGGAUUCAAGUGUCAUUGGUACCCCAUUCUACUUGAUGGAGUACUGCCCUGGACAGAUCUACAAGGAAGCCUCACUUCCAGACAUGGAGCCCAGCCAGAGGGAGGCUGUCUACACUGCCAUGAACCAGGUGCUGUGCCAGCUUCAUGGUGUGGACAUCAAGGCAGCCGGUCUGGAAGAUUACGGGAAGCAAGGGGACUAUGUUCAACGCCAGGUUCAAAUCUGGACCAAGCAAUAUCGAGCCUCAGAAACCAGCACUAUCCCAGCCAUGGAGAGACUCAUCGAGUGGCUCCCCCAGCACCUGCCCAAAACACAGAAGACAACGGUGGUGCAUGGAGAUUUCAGGCUAGAUAACCUGAUCUUUCAUCCAGAAAAGGCCGAAGUACUUGCCAUCCUUGAUUGGGAAUUUUCAACAUUAGGAGAUCCUCUCUCUGACGUUGCCUGGAACUGCCUCACUCACUACUUGCCAUCCAACUUUCCUGUCAUAAAAGGAUUGAGUGAUUUGGAUCUUACUCAGUUGGGAAUUCCUACUGCCGAGGAGUAUUUCAAAAUGUAUUGUCAUCACAUGGAGAUUCCUGCAGCUGAAAACUGGAACUUCUAUAUGGCCUUCUCCUUUUUCCGAAUGGCUGCAAUCCUGCAGGAAGCGUACAAAGGUUCUCUCCAAGGUCAAUCAGACUCAGCUCCUGCAGGACAAAGUGGGAAACUGCCUGAGUUCGUGUCUAACUUGGCAUGGGACUUUGCCGUGAAGGAAGGGUUUCGGAUCUUCAAAGGGAUGCCAAGUACAAGGCUGUCAUCAACAAGGUCCUACUGUCAGUGGACCCAUCAGAGGCCACCACUCAUCCCCAAUGGAACAAGAAGUUGGGCCACUUUUUCUAAGGUACCUCAGACUCCUGCCUCCAAAGGGAUCCUGAUUAUCUCUUCAGAGGUCCUUUCAGAACCAGUCAGGGUUCUCUAUCACAGACUGGAGAGAUUCAUAGAAACCCACCCCUACCCAGAGAUCCAUCGCACUCCUAGACAGGAAAAAGCCAAGUCUGAAGAGCUGUGGAACCUCUUCUUGCCAGUGGAGAUUGAUCCUGAGAGGAAGUAUAGUGCAGGCCUGACUAACCUGGAAUACACUCAUUUGUGCAAGCUCAUGGGCAAGUCCGUGUAUGCCCCAGAAGCCUUUUACAGCUCUGCUCCCAAUGCGGGAAACGUGGAGCUGCUGGUGAGAUACGAAACCGAAGAGCAGAAAAGCCGAUGGCUCCUUCCUUUGUUCUGUUCAUGCUUUGCUAUGACCGAGCCCCAGGUUGCUUCACCUGAUGCCACUGAUAUUGAAUCUUCCAUUAGAGAGGAGAACGACGUCUAUGUCAAAAAUGGUCCUAAGUGGUGGAUAUCAGGAAUCCUGGAUCCCCAUUGCUAGCUCUGAAUGUUUAUGGGAAAAACAGACUCACAUGCCCCACAUCACCAGCAACAAUCAGUGCUCUUAGUUCCAAUGUACAUCCCAGGGAUAAAAAUCAUCAGACCACUAAGAGUGUAUGGGCUGGAAGAUGCUCCAGCAGGUCACGGGGAGGUCAUUUUUGAGAAUGCACAGGAACCUAAAGAACACAUGGUUCUGAGCCCUGGCCAAGGGUUUGAGAUUGCCCAGAGCUGCCUCGGCCCUGGGAGGAUCCAUCAUUGCGUGUGGCUGUUUGGGUACUCAGAGAGAACGUUGGCUUUCAUGAAGGAACCAGUGAAAUCACGAGUGGCAUUUGGGAGGCUUCUGCUGGAGCAGGAGCAGGGCACAAUUUGGGCAGACAUUGCCAAGUCCAGGGCUGAUACUGAUCAAGCGAGACUCCUUGUGUUGAAAGCUGCCCACCUCGUGGAAGUAGCCAGAAACAAGGAAUUAGGAAUAAUGUUGUGCUGCCGGAUAGGACAUUUCCGGGGGCCACAUCUGGCCUUUGGAGCGGCAGGACCAUGCAGGGAUUCUCACCUGGUUCGAUUUUUGUCCUGGGCCGGAGCACUUUGGCUUGCAGAUAGACCCGAGGAGGUUCACAGGACAACGGUGGCAAAGAUUGAGUUAAUCCGUUAGCUUUUGGCCAUCAACAGCAUCAUAGUGGGAAGAAUUUAGAAGCUUGGGGAUUAACAAUGAUGUCAUUCAAAAUCAUCACGUGACUUGGGACAGCCCCUCUAUUAUUGUGUUGGACAAUCACUCUGAUCUUUUACCGCCAACAAGAGAACUCACUGUGAGAAACGUGAAAACACAGCGCUGGGAGGCUGCGCCCUCAGUGGCUUGGCAGAGUCCUUAGAGCUGGCCUUGGGCCUCUGCAUGCUUGGCUGGGAAUUCAGCUUAUGUGGUGCUUCAAGGCCCUGGAAAUAUAACCAAAGACAGACCCACAAGGCCAGCCUGGAGGGUGGCAGUGGGAAAUCCAGCUAGUCCUGGGCCUUCCUCUGCUCAAGGGUGCCCUCUUCUGCCAUCAAGAAACACCUGAUUCUAUAAAGAGACUGGCUGAGCCUGAGGGAAUGGGCAGAAAACCCAAAGACACUGGAGUUCUCCCGAGACCUCCUACUUAGCUGUUUCAGGGGGCUCCUCUGUGGAGGCCAAAUUGUGUGGCCCUAAAUUUAAAAAAAACAGAAAGGGCAUUUUUUUUUAAAUGAGGAAAUAAACCACAUGGCCCUGGGACACAUCUUUGCAAUGUGAAAUUCAUUCAGAAUAAAGCAUUUUAAUUGUCA